CUCCGUCUCCAAACCGAAGAGAGCCAGCCCAGCGCGUAAGCUCCGAUUUCGGCGUUGAGUGAGGAGGCCAGGUGCGUGUGAAUCAUCUCCAGGCUGGGCUUCUUUGCACUCCUUCACUUCUUUCCCUACCACAGCUCUCCGUUCCCUAUUCGGCCUGAUCCUCCUGAUUCCCUCUCCGACAUCGACUGGGUUGAAGUUGUCACAAUGGGCGUCUUCUACGAGACCAUCCCCUCCUCCCUCCGCCCAUGGAUCCUCGAGCAGAAGAUGCUCUGGGUAGGCUCCGCGCCCCUGUCCGCCGACGGCCACAUAAACAUCUCUCCCAAAGGCGGCCAAUACUUCGGCAUCGUCGACGAGCGGACCUUCUGGUACAUGGAUCUGACCGGCAGCGGCGUCGAGACGCAUGCGCACCUGCACGAACCGGGAAACGGACGUAUUUGCGUCAUGUUCAUGGCAUUCGAGGGCCCACCGCGCAUCAUCCGCAUCUGGGGCAAAGGGCGAGCCAUCGAGAACGGAUCGAAAGAGUUCGAGGCGUUUGUGCAGAACCACAAGGUCAAGGCGAUCCCGGGCUCGAGGAGUAUUAUCGUCGUAGAUGUGCAUCAGGUGGCGACGAGCUGUGGGUUCUCAGUGCCGUUCUAUGAGUGGAAGGGGUGGAGAACGACGUUGAAUGAUUUCUUUGAGAAGAAGGAUAGGGCGUAUAAGGCUGGGAAGGAAGACGAGAGCAUGGACAAGUAUUGGGCGUAUAAGUCUCAACUGAGCAUCGAUGGCUUGCCUGGCAUGAAGCGAGGCUACGACUACGCACAGAAGAACAACGUCGCUCCUCUGAAGAAGAUGGUCGGAAAAUGGGCGCCUAAGGCCCCUCGCACUGCAUACACCAUUUCUCCAGUGCAUCUCUUCCUCGUCGGGAUGCUGAGCUUCAUUAUCGGGGUAACACUGACACUUACGCUGGCUUCUCCGGAGACCGUCAGGCGGAUCCAGCACAAGGAGCACUUUUUCUGAGGACAGAACUUCAUGAGGCAUUCUAACCAUCUCCAUGGAUAUCCCUGGCUUCGCGGGCUUUGGGAUUUCGGCAUUCUGGACGCGGUUCUCCUGUUACGUUGUGGCGUUCCAUGACUUCUUGUUAUAUCCUCAUCAACAUCUGCGCAUAGAACAGAAACCUUGCGAAGAGCCAGGCGAAGCCCUGGAUAAUACGAGCGAUUAGCGGACUCAUCGGCGCAGUCC